CUGGGCAGCCUUCCUGGGAAGAUGCCGCUGAUCCUGCUCCUUUUAGCCUCUCUGCUGGUUCCUGGGGCAGAGACGGGGGGGAUCAUCGGGGGACAUGAGGUGAAGAAACAUUCACGUCCAUACAUGGCAUUUCUUCAAUUCUCGAGAGUAAGAAAUAAACUGGAAAUAUGUGGUGGUUUUCUGAUCCGAGAUAACUUUGUGCUGACAGCCGCUCACUGCUCAGGAAGCUUCAUCAAUGUCACCCUGGGGGCCCACAACAUCCAAGCACCAGAAAAGACCCAGCAGCACAUCGCGGUGAAACAACGAUUCACCCACCCGGGUUAUGCUCGGGGCACUUUGUCCAACGACAUCAUGCUGCUACAGCUUGAGACCAAAGCCAAACUGACCAGAGCUGUGCGCCUACUCAAACUACCCCGGAAACCCACCGGAGUAAAGCCAGGGCAGGUGUGCAGCGUGGCUGGCUGGGGCAAGACGUCACUGAGCCAAUCAACGACCACGCUGCAUGAAGUAAAGCUGAUUGUUCAGCAGGAUAAGGAGUGUGAGUCCUGCUUCCCCUCCCGGUACAACAGUUCCACUCAGCUGUGCGUAGGAGACCUGAAGAAAAACAUGGCCUCCUUUAAGGGGGACUCUGGGGGACCCCUCGUCUGCAAGAACAUGGCUCAGGGCAUUGUGUCCUAUGGACACCCUCAAGGAACCCCUCCACGAGCCUUUACCAAAAUCACGAGCUACCUGUCCUGGAUAAAGGAAACCAUAGAACACAACCAGCUGCAGGACUCCAAACAAACUCCUCUGCGGCUGCCAUUUUUUCUCUCUGCUCCGCCAGCAGCUUAA